AGCAGUUUCAUAGGCAAAGGUUGGAGAGCACCGGCGUCCCUGACAUUCCCUUUUACCCCCCCCAUCAACCCUCCCCUACUUACUGCUGCAUAUGAUUAUCUUAAGCUGCAAUGCUUUAACGCACCAGUCUCUUUGAGCUAAAAGUUUAAGCUGGACGGUCAUUCUCAGAAUUUUAUCUCAUGGGUUUAGGACAGAUGUUUAUUAAAUGGAUGUUCAUGCAAAAUCGGGUGGUGGAUGGUGGGGCGGGCGAUGUGGUGUCAAAUGCUGCAAGAGGAAGAGAGGAGAGGAGGAGAGUCUGCAGUUACAUCACAGCCUCUCUGCAUUUACUGUAGCCUAUAAUUCCAGAGGUGAGGAGGAGAUGACAGGAGGGAGGAUGGGAAAAAGCAAAUGUUUUUUUUCUAUUUUUUUUUUUUAGUUUUAUUGUAACUUCUGCUUUUUUUUGCAAGGUGCCCACAGCCGGGCCUCUCUGCUUCUGGGCGAUAUAAAUAGUAAAGGUUAAUUAGUUAGUUGGGAAAUUGGAUCAGGGGCGGGGAGUUAGAAUUUGAUCCAUAGACAGGUAACUUAAGCAAUCCCUUUUGUCACAGCAAUCAGACCUAUAUAAAUCGGCCUUGACGGACAGCAGGCACGACUCAGCCUCACCUCUCCACAGAAUCACCGCUCUGAAGCAGAACACCUGAGCAAGGAAGAAGAAAAUGUCGCUCUCAUCUAUCCUCUCUGCAGAUGCCAUCGACAGUGCUAUCAAGGGCUGCCAAGCUCCAGACUCCUUCUGCCCAAAGAAGUUCUUCCAGGUUUGUGGUCUCUCCCAGAAGAGUCCUCAGGAUAUAAAGAAGGCUUUUGGAAUCCUGGACAAUGACGCCAGCGGAUAUAUUGAGGAGGAAGAGCUCAAGUUUUUCCUGCAGAGGUUCACUCCAGGCGCUCGAGUCCUGACGGACAAGGAGACCAAAGCCUUCCUGGUGGCGGCUGAUGGUGACAGCGAUGGACGGAUUGGAGCUGCAGAGUUUCAAACUUUGGUCUUGUCCUAAGGAGACGAGCAUCUAAGAAGACUUGCCCCCUCACCCUAACUUGACCUCUCAACCGCCUUUUCCUUUAUGUUCCAUCACGUUAGACACCGUUUUCCUGCUGUUCCUUUUCUGCAUGCAGAACCAUCAUCAUGUACAUUCUUAACUCUCAAACUUGCAGCUUUUCUUUUGCACAUGUUCUAAUCCCACUGUAAAGCUGUGUCGCCCAAAGAAAUGUACAAUUAAUCACAAGAAUGAGAAAAUAAACGAGCAAAAAUGUCAAAA